GCGCCACCAAGGAAAUCGGCUCAGCGCUAACCAGGAUGUGUAUGAGACACCGCAGCAUUGAGUCCAAACUCAAACUGUUCACAACAGCUCUCUCAGAAAGUCUCGUCACUCCACUGGAGCUGAAAAUGGAGGAGUGGAAAAAAGUGGCCAGUCAGCUGGACAAAGACCAUGCCAAAGAGUACAAGAGGGCUAGAGCAGACAUCAAGAAGAAAUCAUCAGACACCAUCAAACUGCAGAAGAAGGUGAAGAAAGGUAAAGAUGAAGCUCGGGGCCAGCUGGACUGUGCACUGCAGGACGUCAACGUACGAUACGCUGUCCUGGAGGAGACGGAGAAACGAGCUGUGUGCAGAGCGCUGGUAGAGGAAAGAGCUCGUUUCUGCAGUUUUGUCAACAUGCUGAAGCCUGUGUUGGACCAUGAGAUCAACAUGCUGGGUGAAGUGACCCACCUGCAAACAAUUCUGGAAGAUCUGACCAACCUGACGGCUGAACCUAAUAAACUCCCGCCGGCCAGUGAGCAGGUGAUUUUGGAUCUGAAAGGUUCUGAUUUCAACUACACUUAUCAGACACCUCCAGCUUCUCCCAGUAACACACUGUCCAGGAAGAGCAGCAUCAGCAGCAACUACCAGACUGGAUCAGUGAGACACGUUCCCUCCCUGGACUCCAUCAGCUGUGCUGUGGAUGGAGUACACAUCCAGGAUGCAGUUGGAUCCACCAAUCAGCUGGCAUCCGGGGGGAGUGGAGGGGCGGAGAACGGCCUGUUGGCCCCUCCACACAACGCCUACACGCACCACGGAGAGAGAGCUCGAGCCAUGUCUGCGUCUGGGAAGUCUUGCUCGGCCCGGGAUCAGCUCGCGUUGACGUUGGGUGUGUUGAAUUCAGACGCCCCGAGGAGCAGCAGAGACUCUCUGCACUGUUCGAGUGGCUACAGCACCCAGACCACCACCCCGUCCUGCUCCGAGGACACCAUCCACACACACACUGUAAAGAGAGAUCCUCCCCUCUAUGUCGACUACGAGUCCAUCUCUCUCCAUGGAGACGCUGACUCCAUCUCCCUGCAUCACCUCUCCCACGGCAACAGCCAAUCAGACUUUGACAAGUCUUCAACCAUGCCGAGGAACUCUGACCUCAGAUUCCAGUACCGGGAGUUUGUUCAGUCUAAACGCCCCGCCUCCACCGUCAGCCUAUUGGCUGAGGCCGAAAUGAGCGGCGGGUCCAUGCGCCAGCUGCCGUCCCACACGGCAACCAUCAGGCGCAAACCGUCGUCCAAGCCGGCGUAUCGCAGAGGCACAAUCAGUGGGGGGGUUCCCAUCCCCAUCUGCACCCCGCAGGUUCCCCUUAAAGCCUUCGCAGGAAACGGCAGCAGUGAUGAGAACGUUUUCGCUGCACCCUCUGCUGCAGGAGGUUUAGGUCACAGUAAACUCUGCACCUCCACCCAGAGCCUCAGUGCACUACCUCCCUCCUCCUCCCCGUACUACCAGCUGGUCCCAGGUCAGAUGCCCAUCCCGGUUCCUGUGCCUACUGUACCCUCCCUGCAGCCAGAGGUUAGCAACAUUAAGCAGCAACAACAGAGACAGUACCAGCUACAGCAGCAGCAGCAGCACCAACUCCCCCAACAACUCAACCAUCAGCAGCAACGCUCGCAACUACAGCAGCACAACCAGCAACUCCAGAUUCAGCAGCAGCAGCAGCACCAAUGGCAUCAGCAGCAACUACAGCAGAAGUUUCAACAUCAACAGCAGCAUCAACAGUUUCAACAGCCGCUGCUUCAGCAACCCCAGCAGCUGCAACAUCAUCAAGAUCAGUAUCAGCAGCCAGACCAGCAUCAACCACAUCUGAACCAGCAGCAGAAACAGAAGCUGUUCGUGCAGCAGCACCAGGGCCAGCUUCAGGCCGCCGCUGCCCAAGGAGAGCCCCCCAGUCUGGGCCACAGCGCUAACUACCAGCCCCAGGCUCCUCCACCCUCCAACCAGGACCAGGAGCACGGGCAGCUGACCGAGGAGGGAGGAGGAGGCGGAGGAGGAGAUAUGCUGACCCUCAUAAGAGGAGUGAAGCUCAAAAGGACCCUCACCAACGACCGCUCCGCCCCCCUCCUGCCCCCUCCACCCAAUCACAAAUGAGGCUACGACGACAGAUUGUUUUGCUUCUCAGCUGGAGGACUGUCAGGUUUACUGGGCUCCGCGCCUACCAGGCACCAGAGUGUGUCAGCUCAGACUGCACAGAGCAAAGUCAAACACAUUUUGAGGUUGUGGACUUUUGCGAAAAUACUGAUAUAUCGCUGGAACCCGACAUGUGUCUUGCUUUAUUUUAUAACGUUCUGCUUCCUUUUAGGCCAUUUAGAUUUCUGUUUUUGAGACUUUUGUUGUCAUCUCCUGUUGUUGCAGCGACCGUCUUUUGCCUUUUUUCUUUUGGUUCAUGUUUGCAUUUCGAUUGUGGAUAAGGUUUUCGUGUGACUCAGUCUUACCAAUAGAACUGUUGAUCGUUUUAGUUAGCGCCCAUUCCUGGUCACAAUAAUGUUGAUUAGCCAGACCAGGAAGCUGUUAGUGUCUCAGAUCCUCGAAUCCUGGGUGUGUUUGAUUUGCUUUUUUUUUUUUUUGCCUAAACUCCCAGGAGGGUGGGGUUUAUUAAAUAGUCUAGCUGCUCCACAUUGUUCCACGGUUGAACCAUGGUGUGUGGAGUCUGUAAUCUGCUGGCUGUGGGUCAGUGUUGGUCCAGUGAAUUUGAACGGUGGCUGGUUGGGUCCUGAUCAUCUCAUAGAGUCGAACCAGACGCUCUCGAUUCUGGAAUGAAACGUCGACCGGGUCUACAGGUUGUAAAUAUAUUCGAACAAAAAGAGCUUCGACAAGGUUAGAUCUUUUUUCUUCAUGACAUGUUGUCGGUCACAGUUUCGAUUUCUUUACUUUGAGAUUAAAGCUGUUACUGUGAGCAAAAGUCUGGUUUACCGUGUAAAUAAUUAGCUGUUCAAUGUGACGAGAAACGACAAGAAAACAGCGACUUGUUGGCAACUUUAAGAGGCAACGCUGAUGUUUCCAGAGAUGUGGAUUACAUGCUCUCUGAAAGCAUAGCCGGCUAUGACGAGCAGAACACCAGCUGUUGACGUGUGGAGGCGGUUUUACAGGGGACACGCCUCCCUGUUUGUUACUGAACCACAGAAAACAAACUCUUAAAAGUAGAAUAAUGUAAAAACUAGACCCACUAAAGAUAUUUGGCACCAACAUGUAUUUCCUUCAAGACUUGAUCAGUUAUUUUUUUUUAAAUGAGAAAUUGUGUCCAAGAUAUUAAUUACUCGACAAACUACAACAGUGACGCUUCUUUUAGUUACCAAAUAAACAUUUUUUUGCAUUUCUUGUUGUACCUGGCUGACAUGCGUGAUAUUAAACAGUCCCUCCACCUAGAAAUAAAGAUUCGUAAUAAUAUUCCAAUUACAUUUAAAUAAUUCUGCAGUUUAAGUCCGGCACCUCUAUGGAAACGUCUCCUGAGUACUAAAACAAAGUUAGAACGACUUAAAUCAUAAAAAAAGAGAAAAAAAAACGACAGUUAAUUUUUAUUCAUCGUUCAUUUUACAAAAAUUGGAGAAAAAUGGAAUCAAUAGACCAUUUUAACCGUUUUCAUAUGUGCAGACUUGGCCAUUAUUUUAUACAAACACAAUUUUAGGAAUCAUUCAAAUUUGUACUUUAAUUAAAAAUGAAUAUUGGACAUUUGUUCUGGCUCUCAAAUAAAAUGACAGAACGGACAUGACACCGAUUUAAUACCGUCGUUUUGAGAACAGGGACAUGAAAUAGGAUUCAAUGACAAUAAAGUUAUUUUAAGUUUGAUUAUUUAAAGACAUCAGGAGCCAAUAAAUGUUUAGAAUGGUAAUUUGGCAAUCAUUUUAAUUUUCAAACCACGAGCCCGUUGUUUUUUCUUUAGUUGUUUAAGUGUGUAAAAACACAAUGAUUAAAAUGCCCAUCAAAUGUUUGUAAAGCCACACAACAUUCAUUUUACUCUUACAGUAAAUUAAAUGAAUGUUUCUCUCCUUUCUGUCCUGUUCUGCUUGUAGCUGUCUGCUUUACUAUCGCUUCUGUUCUUUUAGCGACAGGACUGAUGAUGUUACUUUCAUUGGAUUGGAUGCGAUGCUGCUUACAGCCAGUCCUAGUCCACAACUGUGAGGACUGUCUUUAAAUUAGACUGUAUUUAUUUAGUUGGGCUUAAAUAGCUGGUUCUAUUUCGGAGCCUGUCCCAGGUUGGCAACACAUUUUAUUAUUAGCCCCCUUCAUACUCGUAUAUUUCUUAUUUGAUGCUAGAUUUCCUCUCUAGUAUCUGUAUCCAGACCUUCUGAACUCAAAGCAGCUCAUUUCUCCUCACUGUGGGCUCAUUUCCACUGUCAUAUAAAGUCCUGCACCUCUAUGGAAACAGAACAACAAUCAGUAGAAGGAGAACGAACUCCCACAUUUCUUUUUGUGCAGCGUGAUACAGUUGAAAUGAAAAUAAACUACAAACCAAAAGUUGAAUUCUUUGAUUAUUUAUUAAAGAAUGCAUAAAUGACUUUAUGACAAAAGCUAUAAUGCCAAAAAAAAAAAAAAAAGGUGACUAUACCGAUGUAUUAGAGGCAGAAGAAAUAGGAACAAGAGUUGGUUAUUAGUAGUUGAAUUAGCGUAUUUCCUCACUAUAGUUUCAGCUGUGAGAGCAAAAUCAUUAAACGAAUGCAGAUUAGAUUAAACGACUUUAAACCAUUGCCUGAUUUCUGCAGCUACACAGACGUGCUGCCUCUAGAAGUUGCCGGCUGACUUGGCGUGUUGAGCUGUCAGAGCAUGCUGGGAAACGGGGUCGUCGCUACAACUGGAAACUGAGCUCAUGUCCGUGUCGGUUACACUUUGGGGGAAUAUAAGAGGUUAAAAUGACAAGCAAGAGUAUACAGGCUGCAGCGAAUGAAUUUCAUUAAAUGUGGCUUUUAUUGAAUCCAUGAAACAUUUCAUCUAUAAAAUAGCAAAAUUACUAAUAACAGCAGUCUUGUUUAUUCUUGUCAGCAGUCAAAAAACAGAGUUUAAGAUUAGAGAAGAUGAAACACACGUGAACACUGGUUAAGAAGCUACAACCAGCACACGUCUGCUUUAAAACUGCCUUAACUUUUAUUUUUUCUACAUUUUACAGUCUAAUGUCGUGUUUUUUCAGGUUGUUGCUGACGUAUUUCAGGACCAAAUAUCUUAAAAUUUGACUUUUUAGGUGGAAAACUAAAGUUAUUUAGCAUUUUCCACCAGAAUUACACACCUGAAGCGGCAGCAGAGGGUGUAAUGCAGGAAGAUAGCGUUGACAGGAAGCAUCAUUCAGUUUAAUCCGUACAUUAUGAAAUACUUUCAAAAAAUGUAACAGAGUUUGGUUGCACUUUGAGCUCAGGUCAUCAGCAUUGCUCAAGUUCUGGCGACGACCCUGCUGUGAAGCUGCCCGUCAGAGAACAGCUGCAUGCUGGGAAAUGCAGUCCAGUCUCUGGUCCGUUGCUCUGAUCUGUUUUAAGAUAAAUUUGUGUGUAUUUUGGGAUUCUGCAGCUGAGUGUUUGUAUUGUCUGCUGCACUGUGAUUCACCCGAGAGCGUCUCCGUUCAGUUGACUGAUUGUCUGAUUGGACCCACAGCAGUCGUGUAUGUAUAUAUUAGCGCUUCUAUUUCCGGGAGAGAUCGAAAUCUAUAUAUACAAAUGUAUGUAUACAUAUCCUGAUUGUAUUUUUGUUGAUUUUUGUUUUGAUCCGACGAUGUGAUCAGAUCUGACGCCGCUGUCGGCCGUCGUAUUUUUGUAGCAAAGCUUUAAAGGAGUGAACGCGGUGAACUUCCUGAUGUUUGAGGAUCUGAAGCCUGAUUGGACGUCUGAUUGUUGGAGCGAGCGAAGGACUUAAUGGACAACAUGAACCAGCAGAAUGUAGACAUGUUUUGUUCUUCAUCUUUUGACGUUCGCUGUGGGAUCAAUAAUAAUAAUAAUAAUAAUAAUAAUUACAAUGAUGAUGAUGAAA